AAACUUUCUCGAGGAGUUGGUUGGUAUGUUUGCUGUGUGCUGUACGACGCUCCGUUAACUCUGCAGACAACCUAUAGCGAGUGGACCAGUGCUGCUGCCUAUUUUUAGAAGUCUGCCUAAUGGGGGAAAACGAAGGGGCUUGAAGAAACUGCAGAGGAAGGUCUCAACUGCGCUGCCAUGAGCCCGCACAACACCGCCAAGUGACGGGAUUAAAACAAAAGAAAAGUUAACAGAAGUUUCAACCGCUUCGCCUCAGCUCGACUUUACUUUGACUAAAACGCAGUGGCCACCGGAGAAGUUGCUGCGCAGCGCAAUGGCUGCCCAGUGCGACACUUUAAGCGGAUACUUGCAACAGUCGGACCAGGGCUCCAACAGCGAGCGCAGCACCGACUCUCCUCUCCCUGGAUCAGAGGAGGAUCUGAGCGGGCUCCAUCCGCUGCCAGAUCCGGAGUGGACUGAGGAGAGGUUUCGGGUGGACCGCAAGAAGCUGGAAGUCAUGUUAUUAGCUGCCACAGAGGGGAGAGUCAACGGUGGGGAGGAUUUCUUUCAGAAGAUCAUGGAUGAGACCCAAACGCAGAUAGCCUGGCCGUCCAAACUAAAAAUCGGAGCCAAGUCCAAAAAAGAUCCACACAUCAAGGUGUGCGGGAAGAGGGAGAAUGUGAGGGAAGCCAAAGACAGAAUCAUGUCCGUCCUUGACACAAAGAGUAACAGGGUAACUCUGAAGAUGGACGUCUCCCACACAGAGCACUCCCACGUCAUUGGCAAAGGUGGCAACAACAUCAAGAGGGUGAUGGAAGAGACGGGGUGCCACAUCCAUUUCCCUGACUCUAACAGGAACAACCAGGCAGAAAAAAGCAACCAGGUGUCCAUUGCGGGGCAGCCAGCAGGGGUGGAGGCAGCUCGAGUAAAAAUAAGGGAGCUGCUCCCCCUUGUGCUGUCUUUUGAGCUUCCCGCCAUCAUGCAGUCUGACCCCAGCUCCCCCACCGUGCAGCACAUCUCGCAGACCUACAACCUCACAGUCUCCUUCAAGCCCCCGACUCGCCUCUACAGGGCCACCGGCGUGGUUCGCGGCUCACAGAAUAACGCCAAUGCCGUCAAGAGGGGUACAGCUCUGCUACUGGAGCACCUGGCUGGCAGCCUGGCGAGCACUAUCUCAGUCACCACCCACCUGGACAUUGCACCCCAGCACCACCUCUUUAUGAAGGGCCGCAAUGGCAGCAACAUCAAGCACAUCACCCAGAGAACGGGAGCGCAGAUCCACUUCCCUGACCCCAACAGCCCCCAGAAGAAAUCCACAGUCUACAUUCAGGGCACCAUCGAGUCGGUCUGCCUGGCACGGCAGUACCUCAUGGGCUGCUUGCCUCUGGUAUUAAUGUUUGACAUUAAAGAGGACAUUGAGGUGGAGCCCCAGUGUAUCACGGCGCUAAUGGAGCAGCUGGAUGUCUUCAUCAGUAUCAAACCAAAGCCAAAACAGCCCAGCAAGUCUGUGAUAGUAAAGAGCGUGGAGAGGAAUGCAGUAAACAUGUACGAGGCCCGGAAAUUCCUCUUGGGUCUGGAGAGCAACGGGGUGUCCUCUUGCUCCUCGCCUUCUGUGGCGUUGAAUCCCACCGCCAACGUCCCGUCACCAUCCCUCAUCUGCCCCGUUGGCCUGGACAUCCUGGCCUCAGCUGGCCUGGGGCUGAGCAAUCUGGGUUUCCUGGGUGCGACGGCGGCCCACUCCCUCACCAACUCCGCUGCACCCAACGCUGUGCUCAACAGCUUAAACUCCUCCAUGAGUCCUCUGCAGACUCCGAGCCCCAGCACCCCCACACCCUCCCCCUCCCUCUGGCCCAGUUCACUCACCAGCACCCAAGGCUUUUCAUCCCAGCUGAUGCUGCACCCUGCCACCCAGGCCACGUUGAGUAGCAUCCUGCUGUCAGGUGUUCAGAGUUACACACAGAGUACACCGUCCCCUCCACCUGGCCUCGCCCCCAUAGACAAGCAGCCCAAUGGGGUCCCUGACUGCACCAAGGGCCCCUGCACUCUCAAUGGACAUGUCAAGCAUUCCAGCUCAGUCUAUGGGAGGAUAGCAACUGCAUCACUCGCAGAAACUGUUUUGAGUCCAGCCCCAUGCGACGCAGUCCAGGAGGCCAGCGGACACAAUCCAUCAGAACCGCUGUCCAGCAAGUCCAGCCCAGAUGAAGGCUCCGACACAUUUGUGGAAGUGGGCAUGCCCAGAAGCCCCUCUCACUCAGCCAAUGGGAGCGAGCUGAAACAGAUGCUGGCUUCGUGUAAGACGUCCUCAGGGAAGCGACAGGCUGUGGAGCUACUGCAGGGCACCAAAAACUCCCAUCUACACUCUGACUGUCUUCUCUCGGACGCUGAGUCCAGCUCGUCAGACAGCCCUGUGGCUGAUAAGAGGGCACCCGGUAGCGAGCGGGCGGCUGAGAGGGCAGCACAGCAGAACGAGAGGGAGAGAAUCAGACUGGUACCACAGACCUCCUUCGCCAACAUGCAGGCAUUCGACUAUGAACAGAAAAAGCUGCUGGCAACCAAAGCUAUGUUAAAAAAGCCUGUGGUGACUGAGGUGCGGACCCCUACCAACACCUGGAGCGGUCUGGGCUUCUCAAAGUCCAUGCCAGCUGAGACCAUCAAGGAGCUGCGGAGAGCCAAUCAUGUUUCAUACAAGCCCAGCAUGAGUACCACCUACGAGGAUUCCCCGCUAUCCUUGUCUCGAUCCAGUAGCCGGGAAGGCAUUGGGAACGGCAGUGACUCUGACAACUGGCGAGAGAGGAACGGCACCGGUAAUGGCCUGCCGUGUCACACCGAAUUCCCCUCUGCUGUCAGCAGCCCAAAGAGGAAGCAGAACAAAUCUGCUGCAGAGCAUUACCUCAGCAGCAGCAACUACAUGGACUGCAUCUCCUCGGUAACUGGCAGCAACGGCUGCAGUCUGAACUCGUCUCUGAAAGGCUCCGACCUGCCAGAGCUGUUCAGCAAACUGGGCUUGGGGAAGUACACAGACGUCUUCCAGCAACAAGAGAUUGACCUCCAGACAUUCCUGACCCUAACAGACCAGGACCUGAAGGAACUGGGCAUCACAACCUUUGGAGCCCGCAGGAAAAUGCUGCUCGCCAUCUCAGAACUAAACAAGAACCGAAGGAAACUAUUUGAGCCACCCAUCAGGUCCUCCUUCCUGGAAGGGGGAGCGAGUGGCCGCCUCUCCCGUCAGUUUCACGCAGACAUGGCCAGCGUCAGCGGCCGAUGGUAGGCGCCUCCAGGCCAUCCCAGAACCGUCCAUGAUGGAGACCAGCCUCCAGCAUCUUUAUGUGCCUGACCAGCCCAGGUUUCAGUGGUUGUUUACCCUCCUUCAGCUUCAGCUGAAUUAAGACUGUUUCAAACAUUGUCGUUGCCAUAUAGUAUAAAUAUAUAUAUUAAAAUAAGCCAUAGUUUUACCUGAAGUGCCAACAAGGAAAAAAGGGAUUUCUCAGAUACAUGAGGUUCAGUGUUCACUCCUUAUAGAGCCGAUGACUCUGUGUGGAGCAUUUAUAUAUGAAGGGUUGUUGCUAUGGUCCUGAUGAAGGGUACUGUCCAGUAUUUCGUCCACUUUUCGUUCAAGGGAACAGGCAGAAUGAUUAGUACAAUCAUUUUACACAUUGGUACUACCUGCAUUUGUAUGAUGCUGUUGUAUCAGUGACAUGCACUUUAAUAAUACUAGACUUUUGCCUGUGAGAGCCUAAUUCCUUAGAUUGAAAUAUUAACUAUGCAUUUUUUUAUUAACUAAAAAGCACAGAUGCAUUUUGUACCAAACCAAAUGUAAGCACUUACGAGUGAGUUUAGGGCGCUGUCAAAUCAAGUGCAAAAUAUGUCAGCGCGCCAAAGCGGUGACUUCAUCAACUCUAACACAUACACCAAAGGGAAGUAUCAUUGUGGCCUUUGACCUUUGGCUGCCUUAAGUGUUGUGAUUGGUGGAUAUUCCUCCGAGGUCAGUGUUUGUGUCCAACCGUAGUCUGUUUGUGUGUCCGUGUAUUUCUCGACAAAAAAAAACAAAAAAAUCAAAUAUUUUGUACUCAUUAUGCAUUAUGAUUUUAUUUUUAGUUUUUAUUACCAUUUUAGGGGACUGGGUGGGAUGUUUAAAGGUAAUCAGUUUACAUUUGUAUUUUUUUAUACAUUUCCUGAAUGAGUCUCUGAUUUUGUAAUUAGAUUAUAAGUAUCUUUUACCUUUUUUUUGUCCUGCCUUUCAAUCUGUGGAGCCAUGAUGUGGCUGUGCCAUGAGACAGCAGCAGAGUCAUGAGGCAGUUAGGCUAAGCUUUAAAGGCCUCUCUCUGAUUGUGUCAACAGGCAUCUUUCUGUGGUUCUCCGUCUCUGUUUGUUUAUAGUACAUGGUCUUUUGUCUCAUCUGUUAUUUGUCAGUGUAGCCUCCCAGUGGCCCCUUCUGUGCGCCGAAAAUCUCACAAAGCACUCCUCCAAGUAUCCGGAACAUGAGUUGCUCCGCUUGAGCUGUGUGCCUUUUUUUUGUCUCUGUCAGAGCAAGGAAGGACCUAACGGAGCAAGGCCGUGACUUUAGUAGUGAAAAAGUGCCAAUGUACAUAACUAGUUUUUCAGCAGGGAGAUAUUUCGUUAAGAACACUAAUAUUUUGGUCUGACCUUACUCUCCAGAAAGGAGGUGCAUCACACAAAGAACCAGUUUAUUCACAGCCAAACCGGUUUCAUGUGAGCGUUAUAAAAGAGACACAAAUACAGAACCAAAGUCAUCAGAAGGGCCGUGAGAUUUAAGACGAAAACAAAUACAAAUCUGGAAUUUUCUAGUAUCAGUGGUGCAAUCUAAUAUCCAGGAAGCCUGGUUAAGCAGUGUUUAAUGAAGCAGCAGGAUUAUGCAUGCAGCAGCAGUGUUUAUCGGCAGAGCUUGUGUUUGUUCUGGGCUCCUGUAUUAUGUUCGCUCAUGUGUUUUGAAAAGGAAAACAUCCUUUUCCAACAAUUCAUUAACUUUGGAUAACGCAAGUGUUAUUUUGCAUGAUGUUCUGAGGAGUUAUCUGA